CACACAAAACCUGUGCUUGAGGGGGGAGGAAAAGCAGGGCCUUUGAAAAAGGCAAUCACAACAACUUUUGCUGCCAGGAUGCCCUGGCUUUGGCUGAGAGGAUUUUUGUUGGCGAGUUGCUGGAUUAUAGUGAGGAGUUCCCCUACCCCGGGAUCCGAGGGGCACAGUGCAGACCCUGACUGCCCGGCCUGUGCCCUGGCCACCCUCCCCAAGGAUGUACCCAACUCUCAGCCGGAGAUGGUAGAGGCCGUCAAGAGGCACAUUUUAAACAUGCUGCAUUUGAAGAAGAGACCCGAAGUCACCCAGCCGGUGCCCAAGGCGGCGCUUCUGAACGCCAUCAGGAAGCUUCAUGUGGGCAAAGUGGGGGAGAACGGGUACGUGGAGAUCGAGGACGACAUCGGGCGGAGGGCUGAAAUGAAUGAACUCCUGGAGCAGACCUCCGAGAUCAUCACGUUCGCGGAAUCAGGCACAGCCAGGAAAACGCUGCACUUUGAGAUUUCCAAGGAAGGCAGUGACCUGUCUGUGGUGGAGCGUGCAGAAGUCUGGCUCUUUCUAAAAGUCCCCAAGGCCAACAAGACCAGGACCAAAGUCACCAUCCGCCUCUUCCAGCAACAGAAGCACCCUCAGGGCAGCUUGGACGCAGGGGAGGAGGCGGAGGAAGUGGGCUUGAAGGGUGAGAGGAGUGAACUGCUGAUAUCGGAGAAGGUGGUGGAUGCUCGAAAGAGCACCUGGCACAUCUUUCCAGUCUCCAGCAGCAUCCAGCGGCUGCUGGAUCAGGGCAAGAGCUCCUUGGAUGUUCGGUUUGCCUGUGAGCAGUGCCAGGAGACUGGUGCCAGCCUGGUGCUUCUGGGCAAAAAGAAGAAGAAAGAUGAGGACGGGGAAGGGAAGAGGAAGGACAGUGGUGAUGGAGGAGCAGGAGGCGAGGACGACAAGGAGCAGUCGCACAGACCUUUCCUUAUGCUGCAGGCCCGGCAGUCUGAAGACCACCCUCAUCGUCGGCGGCGGCGGGGCUUGGAGUGUGAUGGCAAGGUCAACAUCUGCUGUAAGAAACAGUUCUUUGUUAGUUUCAAGGACAUCGGCUGGAAUGACUGGAUCAUCGCUCCCUCUGGCUACCAUGCCAACUACUGUGAGGGUGAGUGCCCCAGCCAUAUAGCGGGCACGUCGGGCUCCUCGCUCUCCUUCCAUUCUACAGUCAUCAACCACUACCGCAUGCGGGGCCACAGCCCCUUCGCCAACCUCAAGUCGUGCUGUGUGCCCACUAAGCUGAGACCCAUGUCCAUGCUGUACUAUGAUGAUGGUCAAAACAUCAUCAAAAAGGAUAUUCAGAACAUGAUAGUAGAGGAGUGUGGGUGCUCAUAGAGUUGCCCAGCCCGGGGGGGAAAGGGAACAAGUGUUGCCCAGAGAAGACAGUGACAAAAUGAAGAAAUUUUUUAAGGUUUCUGAGUUAAAUGACCAGAAAAAUAGAAUUACAAAAAAAAAAAAAAAAGAAAGAAAAGAAAACACAAAAAACCUAAACUAAGAACAAAAUCUGUUUUGAAACAGAUGAAGGAAAAUGUGGAAAAGUCCUUAGCCAGGGCUUAGAGACGAAGCAGAGAAGGAACUGGGGAUGGGGAGGGAAAGGGAGAAUGGUGUACCCUUCAUUUCUUCCAGCAUCAAACUGAUGACACCUGUUGUUGACACGGGGAUAGUACUCUCCCCCCUUUGUGGUUCCCUUACAGUGUGAGCCUUGAAGUCAACUUGUCUAGUCUGCAGUAAUGUAGACAAUCACAUCCCAAAUAGCAUCAAGAAAGCCAUGAGUUUGAAAACGCCUUUCAUAGGCACUUUCCCACCC